ACAUAUUUUCACUACAAUGGAACCAGAUCAACUCCUGAUUUACUCUUGGUUUCAAGCGACAUCGGCGAGCAUACACGCCGCAAUAUAAUUGGCGAUCCUGGUUCUGGUCACAAACCGGAAGCUAAAAGAAAGCGGGACGCCCUUCGCAACACUGCUGAUCAGUGUAAGAGGGACGCCCUUCGCAACACUGCUGAUCAGACUGGGAGGGACGCUCUUUGCAACACUGCUGAUCAGACUGGAAGUGACGCCCUUCGCAAAACUGCUGAUCAGACUGGAAGAACUCUGAUCAGACUGGAAGAACGGAAGACGUACAAGCCUGGAGGCAAUCAUAUGUCCUAA